AUGUUUUGUUGGCGGGUAAGUCCAAUUUUUUCAAUUUUUGCUGAUCGCUAUUAUAUUAUUUUUAGGUUUUGUUAUAUUAUCUAUCGUCGUGGAGAAGAAAAAUCCAAAGACCUUCGAACAGACUUCGACUCUCUCAAAGAAUUCAAAUUUCCUCCUGGUGUUGAAGCUUUUCUGAGGCACAAGGGUCGUUUCAACGACAAAUCCAUGUAUGAACAAAUUCACUCAAUGACAAACUGCUCUGGGAUGGAUGCUGUUUUGGAGCAGGUAGGUAUAUAG